CCAGAUAAGAAGAUGAAGGUUAAAAGUCCAGCUCAGAGAGAGAUUGGAAAGGAGCGUGUGCUUUGGUGUUGAACAUAAUUUGCCGAUCGUGGCUUUGCAUGCUUCUCACCUCAAAGGUCUCCAGUAACCAUGAGAGGAGGGGUGGUAAUCGUCCUGUGGCUGGCCCUCACUGUGGCACGCUCUGAGGAAGAAAAUAAGACCAUGACCGUGGCCCAGGACAAUUCAACCACCAGUUCAGACUGGGGCAUUGGAUCCAUCCGAGAUGGCUUCGAGACUGUCAACGGAUACUUUGACUCAUUCCUAGAGCUCCUAGGCGGCAGAAAUGGAGUGUGUCAGUACAAGUGCCGAUAUGGUAAGGCACCUCUACCAAGACCAGACUAUAAAACACCUGAGCCAAACGGUUGCAGCUCGAGUUUUCUCGGACUCAAGGUACCAGACACACUUGAUUUGGGAAUCCCAGCCAUGACCAAGUGUUGCAAUCAGCUCGAUCUUUGUUAUGACACUUGUGGGGCCAACAAAUAUCGGUGUGAUGCCAAGUUCCGAUGGUGCCUCUAUGGAAUUUGCUCUGACCUCAAGAAAAGUUUGGGCUUUGUGUCAAAGGUUGAAACCUGUGAAACAGUAGCAGACACAAUGUUCAAUGCGGUCUGGACCCUGGGAUGCAGGCCUUUCAUGAACAGUCAGAGGUCAGCAUGUACGUGCGCUGAGGAGGAAAGAGAUGAGCUUUGAAGAUGAUAGCUGCAAUACCGGACAUGCCUGCAUUUGUAUGUGCAAUGUGGCUCUCCCCUCUGUGACUAUAUGCAGCACGUGACUUUCCAUGUGCAAUAAGCAGCAAAUAUCCCUAUUGGCACCUGUAUGUGCCACACCAGAACUACCUGGUGACUUAUUUAUUUCUUGGUCUUUUCAUGAAAUGAUACAGAACAUGGUUUAUGACCCACCACAUCUUUGAUGACUAAAUAAUUUAGAAUAAUUUCAUAUCAAUUUAUGGGAGCUAUUUAUAUGUUUUGCCAAAGUAUUUUGGAACAGGUUUGGGUGCUUCUUAUGACUGACAAAGGAUCUUUACUACCAAAAUAUUCUUCCCCUUCCAAAUAUUAUUUUGUGUGUUUCUAUGUCAAGCAACAUCUUUAGGUUAGAGAAUGGGUGUUCCCUGGUCAUAGUUUCUACUGCACAGUGGGUGUUCACCCACGUCUCAAGGAUACUACCAAGAAGCAGCUGUCAGUCUAAUGAUAAGGUUGAGGAUGGGUCUUAGUAUAUGAGGAACGUGGGUACAAGUCAACACUCACCCACCACACAGGGCAGGGAGUUAUUCAAAAAUGCUGUGUAAUCACCCGUCCUAUUCUUUAUAAAAUUGUAGCCUUCUUAUAAGAACAACCCACACAUAUGGUGCCCUUUAAUAAGUUAAGACACCCCAACACAGGAUCAGAAUUAGACGCAGUGUGACACCAAGCAUCGUGAGGAGGUGAACUGAAGCUUGGCCAAAGAGUAGGGAUUUUGGGUCCAUCUUAAAGGAAAAUAAAGAGAUGAACUGAGGCAGAUCUAGAAGUUGAAUUCGUAUAAUCAACCCAAAUAUGCCAAUACUAGACUAUAAACCACGUAGUUAUUAUUGAGUCGCACAGGAGAGUUAGGUACAUGGAUUAUUCACACAGCAGCUCUAAGCAGCCGACAGAGGACAACAUCAACACUUCAACCAAGACAGAAGCUUUCAGACUUCCCUGGGUUUUUGGAUUCCUCGUGGUCCAUAUGUAUCCUGGAAAGAACUUGCCCCUUUUUCUGUUUACCAUCAACAGCUGUCUUACAGCAAAGUGUGGUCCCGUAGACCUCUAACAUUGGAAUCAAUCCACAACACACAUUAGACACUGAAAAGUACACAGUAGAAGGUAGAAUUCUUACUGUUUUUGGGCUGGUUGCAGUAACCUGGUCUUGUGCGCCCCAGUUGAUAGAGUCAUAAGGACAAAGAGUGUGGAAGCAGGCCAUUCAGCCCAGUACAUCCAUGCUGACCAGAGGGCAUCUGUCCAUAUUAAUCCUAUCUCCUGUCCAUGGCCUUAAACAUCCAGGAAAAUCAAGUGCCUGACUAGACUCUACUUCAAUGCCUGUAGUAGCUCUCAUAGUAACUGUCUUCUGCCAGUCACUUAGUUCCAGCUGCUCACCACUCUUUGAGAAAAAAGAUGCCCUUCUGAUCCACUCUUAUACUAAAUCUAUGUUCUUCAGCUGUAACUACCUCUAACAUGGGGAAUAGUUUCUUGCAGUUGACCCUAACUAUACCCCUCAUAAUUUUAUAUACCUCAGUCAUGUCUCAACUUAACCUCCUCCACUCCAGGGAAAACAAACCCAGCCUCUCCGCUCUCCAGUCUCCGCGGAGCUAGCGUGGGGUACAUCACAUGCCAUCUGCCACAUGAAGAUACCAAAAGCAACUUUUCCUGCCACAGGUUCCCCAGACAGUGUGCAACACCAGACAUCUUCCCCACUGAGUGCACAGUUGCCUGGUUACCCUCAUUUGCUCUUCCAUUUCAGCUGCUCUCUCCCUCGCAUGGGAAGUGUUCCAUUUGGUUUUGUAGCACAGAAGUAGCUGCAUUUUAAUUAUUGAACAGCAGGGAAAAUCGUUUAUGUUAAGAAGGAACAAAAUUGGAUCAAUGUGUUUUUUUCUGAGUAAGUCUUUGAAAACGUGAUUGCUGUGUGGUGUGACAGGAAUAAAUAUGAAGUGGGACACUUAUAAAACACUGAAAA